GUGUCAGAAACGAGUGCAGCCAAUGUGAGAAUUUAUUUAGCCAUCAGUCUACUUGUCCUGGGAAUAAUCUGUGUUUUCCCCCGUUACGGACGUUUUUAUCUAACUUUAUAUUUAACUGGACAGACUUAGCAUCAUCUGUAUGGAUUCAUAGUUUCCCCUUUUCCGUCUUUAGAAGCACCGCUGUACGCUGGACGUCUUCUAAGCGGCUGACCUUGCCCGUUCACACAUAGCUCAAUGCUAACCUGUCUCCAGCGUUAGCUAGCUAAGCUAACUGUUUGUGUUUACGAGAGUUCACUUUAUGUUCAUUUCCCGUCGACUCUCCUCGACUUUGUUGCGUCCAUGAUGGAAGACGAAGCAUUCACUGACAUUAAUGGCAAAUCCAUAUCUCUGGACUGUCAGAACCACUCGGGCUUUUGCAGGGAGUUCACUGUCAGCUCCUCCAAAGUGUCCAUCGGCAAGGUGAUGGUGUACACCUCCGGGGUUUGGCUACUGGCAUACACUGUGUUCUUCUUUACAGAGAACACAGCCGUUCUGACCUGUGCUAUCCUCGUCACCCUGGUUGGCAUGAUGCUUCACAUCCACUUUGUGAAGGUAGACCAUGAGUCUCUGCUCGUCAUCGGCUCCUUAGGCAUUCAGGUGUCCUCCAGCUAUGCGUCCGGCCGUGAGACCACCACAUUCAUUGAGCAGAGCAAGAUCAAGGAUAUUGUCAUCAAUGAAGCUAUUUACAUGCAUCAAAUCAUCUACUACCUUUGUGUGCUGUUGAAGGACCCCUCAGAGCCAGAUGUAGUGUCAAGUGUUGUGCCAUUGUUUCAGAGUUCAAAGCCAAGGCUGAAUUGCUUGGUGAAAGUUUACAAAAGCUGUCAAGAAAUUCUUUCAAAGUGCUGACAACACACGAGUUGCACAUUAACAAUGUUUCUGGUCAUGUAGUAUGCUGUUAAUUUGUCUUUAUUUAAGUAAUCUUUUCAGUGGAUGAAAGCAGGUAGUUUUUGUUUUAUUUCGGUACGUCUUGAUUUUAUUCGAUGUACUUUUUCAUGAUUUUUCUCCUUUUCUCACCCUUAUGAUACUCACACACGAUGUGAAUGUAAUCUGUUGAAUAUAAAAGAAGUGCUGCUCCAUUUUAAAGACCAGUAUUUGUGUCAUAAUGACUUUAUGUUGUACUUUGUUGUUUAGUUACUUGAAUAACUUUAAAAAUAGCACUGGUCUUAGACUACUUGUUUAAACCCAGAGAGCCAAACAUUUUAACUGACACUGUAUUAAAAGAUAAAAACUACCUUUAACAAUUUAGCUUUUUACAGAAAACGUAUUUAUGUAUUUAGAUUUGAAUUAUCUCGUUAUGCCAGUUUCUGUAUUUUAUAAGCAUUCACACACUGUAUUUUUGAUAAUGAACAUUUUAAUAAAACAUCAUUACAACAAAA